GCAGCUAAAGAUGGCCACCGCGACGGUAGCGGGGCUUGAUGCCCACAGGAUGGAGGAAAAGAAGUUCGAAUAUUUCUCCUCCAUCAACUCCAUGGCAAAGAAAAUAAUGCAGGAGAGGGAGAAAAUCAAAGAGAAGCACGGCUCGUCCUGGGAGAAAAUGACGCCGCAGGAGCAGGACAGCGCUAUCGACAACUGGAUGAUGGAUCCCCAUAUUCGAGCCCGAUACGCUAUGCAUAGAGUUGACCGUGACGAAGUGGUCUGUUAUCCAAAACUGCUCAUUCAGACUGGUCAGAAGAUAGUUCAUUUCGGAGAGGAGGAUAUUACCUGGCAAGAUGAGCAUUCGGCCCCCUUCUCAUGGGAAACCAAGAGUCAGCUGGAGUUCAGCUUGACAUCAGGCUCUGCAGACCAGGGGAUCUGUGCUUCGCAUGCAGACCCAAAGUCUGCAAAGGCUCCUCAUGCCAAUCAGCAUGGAACCAAGGUGUCUGUCAGUGAGGGCCGGAGGCCAGAAGAAGAGUCGUCUUUCUGGAAGAUCAGUGCAGAGAGGUCCAGGCUGGAGGGGGAGCAAGCUGACUUCCAGUCUCUGACUCCCAGCCAGAUCAAAUCCCUUGAGAAAGGGGAGAAAUCCCUCCCCUCCUACCUCCGACAGGAGAGCUCUGUCACCUCAAAGGAGCCUGAGGCAGUAGAGUCCCAUCCUCCACCUCCUACCAGGGCCACAAAGCAGAGAGCACCCAAACCUCCUGCUCCCCCGCCCCCUGCCCCCACUGCUGUCAGUGCAACACCGGCGUCCAUCUCCAUCUCGCCAAACCCUGCCCCGCCUGUCAGCGUGUCCUCGACAGUGGCGGGAUGGGAGCGAUCUCAGAGCACCUUACCGUCGGUCAGCAUCACCGUGGAUGAAGUGUUCUCCUCCAACAUGAUGUCAAAGCCCUCCAACAUCCCCGCCAGUGUGGAGAGAGAGAGAGAGGAGGAAGUUUCCCCCAACAGCCCCACCUUUUCCCAGUUCAACACAAGCAGCAGCAUCCUGAAGACUGGAUUCGACUUCCUAGACAACUGGUAAACCACAGCUGAGACCAGUCACCGCUCUGAAUGAUUCAUCGUCAUCAUCACUCUAAAGAAGGACCACACUGCCAUGACUACAGACAUCCACAUCUAGAUUUAAAGAAACAACAGUCUUUAGAAUGACCACAUUAUGUUCUUGUAAUUAUCUCCAGUGGCUUGUUAAGACAUUAUCUCACCACCUGUGUGCUGGUGUAUUUUCCCCCCAUUAGAAGAGCCCCCUCUCCUCACUGACAAGGGUUGAAUCUUCUUAAAUGUCAAACACCCCUCUGCCCACUAAAUGUAGAGUAAGCAGGGAAUGAACCUCACAGAAUGUGCACGCUGUUCCUCGCUGUGCAUUCACACUGCAAUCAACUUGGUUGAAGGGUCCCACAGUUUCACAGAUUGGGGAACCAUGAUCAAUGAACUAUGAUCCCAGUCCCACUUAGCACCUCAUGCUCGUUGGGUACGUCCGAUAGCUAUCAAAUAGCAAAAAAAAAAGAAGUGUAAAUGCAACCAAAAGAGACUGACUUAGUUGUUAGGUAGCUAGCUAAACUGUUAUUGUCGUAACCAAAGGUGCAGAUCAUUUUUGGAGGUUCAUUAAACCACCUUUUGUGCUGACCCUCAUUUGCAUGAAGCCAGGAAAAACCAAGACAGAUGCCAUCAGGCACAUUUUGAUAUGACACAUUUUAAGUGACAAGUGCAAAUGGGGCUGAUGCUCCUGACUUACUUUUUCCUGCUUAAUGGUACAAUGUUUAUCCAGUUAGCCACAAUAAUAAAGUGAACUAAAAAAAAAGCAGGAAACCCUAUA